CUGGUUAGUCUCCCCCUAGUGGUGGCAUCCAGUUCCACUAUUGUGGCCGCCCCAUCGGCCCAUGUCGCCCAAGGGGCACCGGGGUCACCCAUUGCUGACGUCUCCAUUCUGGAGGUGUAGAGGUCCUCACCCGACCUCAGGGUGGUCCCCGUAGCUACGAUUGUCGCUGCGGGUGCCUCCCCUACGGUGGAUGAGGCGGUCACCCCCUACCAUCGCCACUACCAGCCUUGCCUCCUUUGGAUGAUGUAGUGGUGAUUGACACGUUCGGGGCAGUGGCAAAUGCGAUGGGUGUCGAGUCUCGGGCUCCGUCGCCUCCGGCGCUUGCCUCCUCCUCUCAUGUGCUGUCACCGCUUCCCCUUCUUGCCCCAAAGGGGGCCUUGGGGAUCUUCCUCCAUUCAUCCUUGAGGGUUCGAAGGGGAGGAGAUGGAGGCAGAAGAGUGGCAAAUAAUCGAGAUGAUUGUCGUCCGGGCUGACAGCAGCCUGGGUCGGUGGAGUGUUUCCUUCACAACUUUAGCGAGGCAGUCUCGAUCGCCCGCUUGUUGAUGACGAGGAACAUCAUUCCGCAAAGCCAACGUCUCUACUCCCGAUCGUCGGCUCGAAGGGAGGCGUUGUAGGCCACGCAGCGGGAGAUGGAGAGGCUGCAGGAGGAGGUGGCUUGCUCGGAGGAGAGAGAUCGGGAGCUUUCAGGCAUCCGAGCCAAGACUGAGUGCCUCGAGGCUGAGGCCACACACCUUAGGUCGGGGCGUGAUGAGGCGCACAAGGACGCCAAGCGUCUUCGUGGGGAAAGGACUCGUCUUCAGCAAGAUCUGCGCGAGGUGACCCCACGGGCUGAAGAAGCCGAAUCGAUAGUGCGAGUGGCGAACACCCGCCUUGAGGAGGCUAACUCAGACCUUCGACGGGAGCGAGAGAUGGCCGGAGAUCUUCAGAAGAAGUUUUCCGAGGCCCUUGACGCUAUGAAGGCAAUCCAGGAGGUGCCGAAGGCGGCAGAGGAUGAAGUGCGCAAGCUUUCAAUUGCUUGUGAUGGCGCUAUUGCGACGCAGAUAUCAUUUAUCUCAGGUGCAUACAAACCAAGAAAAAAAUUCAGUUAGGGACUCAAUAAAAAAUUGGUUCAAGACAUAGUGUGUGCUGAUUUUUGGCGCACCGGAGAGUGUCUAGUGUGCACCGGACACUGUCCGGUGCACCAGGCCCAAGCGGAUUCAAACCAGCCUCUCUCGGGAAUUUCAGGGGCACCCUCCGCUAUAAUUCAUCGGACUGUCCGGUGUGCCACCGAACUGUCCGGUGAGCCAGUGGAGCAACGACUCCUUACACGCCAACGGUCGACUGCAAAAGCGCACAGUGGUAAACAGUGCCGCGCAGAAGUCAGAGGUCACUGGACUAUCCGGUGUGGCACUGGACUGUUCGGUGCAGCAAAAAGACAAACGACUCCAACGGUCAACAGCUUCAAACCCUAACGAACACGCUGACGUGGCGCGCACCAGACAGUGAACAGUGACUAUCCGGUGCGCCACCGGACUGUCCGGUGCGCUCAUCGCCAGCAACGGCUAGGAAGUGGUUGGGGGCUAUAAAUACCCCCCAACCACCUCAUUCAAAGCAAUCCAAGCAUUCUGAAGUUUUCAUUCAUUGCAAGAGUAAAGUCCAACACUCCAAGACACAAUCAAAGCAAUCAAUCCACUCCCAAGUUCCCAAAAUCAACUUUAGUGCUUAAGGGCUUGUGAGAGGAUCAUUUAUGUUCUUUUGUUGCUCUUGUCGCUUAGAUUGCCUUUCUUCCUUCCUCAUUCUUUUUCUAAGUGCUUGUAAAGCUAGGCAAGAGAUACCAAGUGUGUGGUUGUCCUUGUGGGGUCUUAGUGACCCGUGUGAUUAAGGAGAAGGCUCACUCGA